AUGUUGAACGUCCCAUCACUGUAUCGAAGACGACCAGACCCACCAUCCACUGCUCCAGCAACUCACGACACGAAUUCUACAAACUCGAUCCCCUCCCCGGACCCCAACCUCAACCUCAACCACAAAACCCACACCCUCCCCUCCGGCACAACCUUCCACAUCUGGACGCCCACCUCCCCCUCCGUCGCAACAAUCGUCCUCCAACACGGCUACGCAGAAUACUCCCUCCGCUACCUAACCUCCCACUCCACGCUAAUCACCCACCUCCUCGCCGCUUCCUACACAAUCUACGCGCUCGACCUCCACGGCCACGGCACCUCCCCCGGCCACCCCCGCGCCGUCGUCCACCCGACCACCUCGCACUACGGCGUUAUGCUGUUGAACAAGGAGGGGGAAGACCGGUCGUGUUAUUUGGGCAUUCACUCGGUGGAUUGA